CUACGGGGCGUACAGGGAACAACUGGGUAGCUUUGCCAGGCGGGAAGCCACACGGCUGCUGACAGAGAGACAAUGGAGGAAACAGACAGGAGAAAACAACAUGGUCAACGCCAGACGGGGGCGUGGCCAACGACAUCACAACACCGUCACCAUGGAGUCAUAUCUCAGCCACACMUCCUCCACAAAGAAGCCCCGCCCCUACUCCAAAUGCAAAGACUGUGUGGCUCGUAUACAGCGGUACAUCGUGACCAAGCUGGGGGAGGACUGGAUCUUCCUGGUGCUGCUGGGCCUCACCAUGACCCUGGUCAGCUGGAGCAUGGACUACACCAGUGCCAAGAGCUUACAAG